GCAUUUUACUAAAAACAAAGUUACAAAAAAUCGCUUUAUAGGAAUGUGAAAACCAGGCUGCUUUUAAGUUCUUAUCUGUUACUGCUGUGUUUUGUCAUGUAGCCAUUUUUUAUUUCAUGCUAUCUGGAAUGUUCAUUGUUAAAUUGAUUCACAGAAAUGCUUGACUUCGAGAUCGGUGUCACUGGUUAGUGGCUCUAGUGCACUAUAGCAGCAUGGUAGGAUUUUGUAUUUAUAAACCAGCUUGGUGAUUUUAUUGUAGAAUGAGACUUUGACCUCAGUUGUGUAAUCUCUAGAUCACUGUGACAGUGCAGUGUGGGAUAUUCUAAUGAUGUGAGUCUGAAAAUGCAAAGUAUUGCAGGACGUUCUUCCGCAGUGUCACCAUUAGUGGGAGGCAGAUCCCUAUUCAAAUUAUUAAAAUAAACUCCAGUGUGGAGUUUAAACACAUCCUGCUGUGCAAACUAUUUUAAUAAAAGAGGCUAUUCACAGUCGAGGCUAUGGUGUGAUUCAUCUGCAUGACUUUUGUAACAUUGAGAGAUCCGUUCCUAACACUAGAGUCCAGUGGUGACACCUGGGGGUUAAAAACAGUCUCCUGGAAUAUAGAGUACACUGUAUCGAAUUUCUAAUUUCAGAAGUAUGUAUGUAACCAGGAUAGAGCCCUUGAGAGAUACACAACUCAUUUUCUUCAAGGGGGUCCUGGCAGCCUACCGGGACAUGCGUUUUUACAAAUAGCAUUUGCGGACCAGUCAGUCUGAAACAACCACGCUAAAGAAGACGCGAGCCAAGAUGUUUGUGUUUUUUCUAGGCGUGAGCGAGAGUUUCAGAGUUUCGGACGGUUUCCCUGCGGCAAGGCAAGAUCUGCUCAUUACACGAAGAAACAUGAACACCCGAUGCUGUAGCUCUCACAAGCUGCAAUGCACAGUAUGCUACAGAAGGCACUAGCUGAAACCCAGUCUACUCCACUUAGAGCAAACGGUACAGUUUAUUCAACUGCAGCAUAUGUGGGUGGGGAUGCUCUUGUGCAAUCUGUGUACUGGAGCAGGAAUCCAAGACUUUUUCUUGUAGCGCGGAGGGAAGUAAUAAUUAAAUCAGGCUCACAGUCUGACAGUUGUCAACCCUGCCCUGUUUGCUCAAAGAUGACUGCAGGCAGUAAAGGGUUUCUUGCCCUUGAACCACCAGAGAAUGCAAUAAAAUCUUCAAUAAAAUACAAUUAUGAAAAACAGGCAGCGUGCCUUAAAAAGAGUAAGCCAGCCCAGCCUGCAACUCCAGACUCCUUAGACACGGAGAGAGACCUCAAGAGAUAGGACUGCACGCUGACUGCUGCUGUUUACAAUGAGAAUGGCUGUGAAGGUGCUUCCCUGCCUGCUCCUCCUCACCCUCUGCUCACAACUGAAAGGCGCUGAGGUGAUUGUGGGCAUCUGGAAUCACGGUACUCUCGUGGAACAGAAUGGCUGGAUCACGGUGAACCGGUCCGAGGCGGUGACCCUGGACUGCCGCGUGGACGGGGCUGAGGAGGAGGAGGAGCUGGUGUGGUACCGGGAGAGAAUGAGGGUGAACCUCCCACCCCACAAUAAGCUGAACUCCAGCAGCGUCUGCAUCAACCCCAUCUCAGACGCAGACCAUCUUGUUACCUUCUCCUGCCACCUGAAACGAGACGAGCUGGUCAACGCCUCUGUGCAGCUCAACGUUCAGUUUGCCCCCUUGCUGGCUGGCUCGGAGGAGGUGAGAGUGGAGAAAGGGAACGAGGUCUCCCUGACCUGUGAUGUGUAUUCGAACCCCCGGCCAGCCGUGUCCUGGAGCAAAAACAACAGCAGCCUGGACAUCGGGCUUCACUGCCAGCUGAUCCAGGACGGGAGAGAAGCCCGGCUCCACAUCUCAAAGGCACAGCCCUACCACCAGGGGGAGUACAAGUGCGAGGCCACCAAUAGCCACGGCAGCUACAGCAAGACCUUCCAGCUCCACGUGGACGAUAAGAGUAACAGAGUCCCAUUUGAGCCCAUCAUAGCCGCAGUGGUGGUGGCUGUGUUGACGAUAAGCAUGGCGUUCGUUUCCAGAAUAAGGAGGAUAGCCAAGUGCUGCAAGAAGGGUGACCUGACCUCCACUGGCCAGUAGGCUACAGCUAGCUGAAAAUCCUCGUCGCUCAAUAUGAACUGAAUAAACAGCUAUUGUCUAAAGCUGAGGGAACACGAAGCCACUUUGUGGCAUGGAACUUGGGUUCAGGAGAGUAGGUUAAAGGACACUGCAUGGCACACUAUAGGGGAGGCUUGGGGUUUGGUACUGCAACCUCAGACUAGGUCUCCUGGAACCAGGUUUCAAGCCAUGUUCCCACAGCUUUAGCAUCUGCCACUGACUGCCUUCUGAUCCAAACUCCGAUUCCAGUAGAAACAGCAAUUAAGUGUUUGGUUUGAUUUGAAUAACACCUCCCUUAUUAAAUGACAUGCACUCUCA